AUGCCCAAGACCCUGGCCACCCUCGCUUGGAAGCUGCUACUCCUUCUGGGCACCCUCCUCAGUGCGGCCGUUGGCGCGCCCCCUCCCUGGCGCUGCGCACCCUGCUCGGAUGAGAAGUUGGCGCUCUGUCCGCCGGUGCUCGCCUCGUGCCAGGAAAUCGCCCCGCCAGCCGGCUGUGGUUGCUGCCCUACAUGCGCCCUGCAGCUGGGCGCAGCAUGCGGUGUGAAGACCGCACGCUGUGGCAGCGGGCUGAGCUGCCGUGCACUGCCCGGGGAGCCUCGGCCCCUGUACGCCCUCACCCGUGGCCAGGGGGCCUGCAUGCCCACGCUGGACAACUCUGCGACUGCCCGCAGUACAGAGGCUCCAAAACCAGAGAGCGUGCCUCCUAAGAGUAUAGAGACGACACAAGAGCAGCUACCGGGAAGUUUCCACCUAAUGGCUCCUUCUGGUGAGGAAGGGUCCAUCCUCUGGCAUGCCAUCAACACUUAUCAGAACAUCAAGUCUCGUGAGAUUGAGGAUAUCAAAAAAUGGAAGCAGCCAUGCCAAAGAGAACUCUACAAAGUACUGGAGAGAUUAGCCAAAGCUCAACAGAAGUCUGGAGAAGAAAUUUACAAAUUUUAUCUGCCAAACUGCAACAAGAAUGGAUUUUACCACAGUAAACAGUGUGAGACAUCUUUGGAUGGUGAAGUUGGACUCUGCUGGUGUGUGUACCCAUGGAGUGGAAAGAAGAUUCCAGGGGCCCUGGAGGUUAGGGGAGACCCCCACUGCCAUAAGUAUUUCAGUUUACAAAACUGA